CACGUCCCCACGCGGCCACGCCUUCUUUCCUCUCUGCCCCCACCACGAAACUCCACGACGACGCGUCCGCGCACCAGGCAGGCACGACCACCACCGUGGCACCGUCCACCGGAGCCGAGCAACGCGAGGAGUUGAGCCGAUGGAGGUGGCGUCGGGGGAUGAGGAUCUGGAAUCGCUGCUCCAGAACUUCCAUCGCGUGUCCCAGGUCCAGGUUUUAAGAGUAAAUUGCAGCACUGAGUUCAAAAGGCGGGAAGCUCUUGAAUCACAUAUUACAGAUCUUAAGAAAGAUAAUGAGCGGUUAAGAAGGCAAUACACAGAAACUUUAUUCAAGGUCACCAACCAGGUGAAAUUCCGCGCAGAAGCUCAAAGCCUGAAGGAAGAGCUGGACAAGGCAAAUAGUAGAUUGUUAUCCAUGGAAGAGGAACACAAGAGGGAAACUGAGCAACUUAAGCACAGCAGUGAAAUGAACAUCAAUGCCCUGGAGAACAAGCUCAGCCACGCCCUUGUACAGCAAGCAAGAGAUGAAGCUGCAAUGAAGCAACUGAAGUUGGAGCUGAGUGCCCAUAAAUCUCACAUCGACAUGUUAGGUAGCAGGUUGGAGCAGGUUACUAAUGACGUGCAUUCGCAGUAUAAAAAUGAGAUCCAGGAUUUGAGGGAUGUGGUUUCUGUUGAACAAGAGGAGAAAAAGGACAUUCACAGGAAGCUUCAGAAUGUGGAAAACGAGUUGAGGAUCACGAGGAUGAAGCAGGCGGAGCAGCAAAGGGAUUCUGUCUCGGUCCAGCACGUGGAGACGCUGAAGCAGAAGGUCAUGAGGCUCCGGAAGGAGAACGAGUCCCUGAAGAGGAGGCUGGCGAGCUCUGAAGUCUGAACUGGAGUGCACAUGAAAACUGCAACUGCUUUCCUUCACGCCGUAGUUUUAUCUCAUACUGUAGGAUGUAGAAAAAUCCACUGCUCCAAAAACACAUAUCACUUCCAGAUGCUUUAAAACUAGCAAUGAUAGGUAUGUUUUCACUGAAAGUUAUUAUCACCAAUCGACACACUCAUAACCUUUUCAUAUGAAAUUAUAUAAAGAUAAACUCUAUGUCCAAGAUAUAGAGUUCAAAGAACUUUUUAGUUGACAACAUUUUCAUAUAAGACAAUUUGGAUGUUCGAAUAUUCAAUAUAAAGAUCACAUGCCUAUUAAACUAUCUUGGGUAAAAAA